UCAAAACCGCCGGUGCCAGAAUUUGCAACAUUUAUGCCUGGAACGGCCGAACAUGGACGAAUUAUCGCCGCUGAGCUAACACCAAUAGAGACCUCACCGUAUCAGUGUAUGGAUCUCAGAUGCUUAUGUAUAUAUCUUAAAGGUGAAUACUAUGAAGUUUUCUCGAAGAUCAUGAUUUUUCGUGUGGAGAAAGAAAAUCGACAACUGCUAUAG